AUGGAGAAAGAAGAUACAUAUUCAGAUAUGAAAGACAAGGGUGCUGCACUGAGAAAGCAGGAGGGAAGGAGACACACAGGGAAGAAGUUCCUGGAGUGUGGAAAAAGCUUCAGUCACAGUUCAAACCUUACUUCCCAUAAAAGAAUUCACACAAGGGAGAAAUCAUAUAAAUGCCUGGAGUGUGGAAAAAGCUUCAGUGAGAGUGGAAGCCUUACUUCCCAUCAAAGAAUUCACACAGGGGAGAAACCAUAUGAAUGCCUGGAGUGUGGAAAAAGCUUCCAUAAGCAUUCACAUAUUACUUCCCAUCAACGAACUCACACAGGGGAGAAACCAUAUGAAUGCCUGGUGUGUGGGAAAAGGUUCAGUCAGUGUUCAAACCUUACUUCCCAUCAAAGGAUUCACACAGGGGAGAAACUAUAUAAAUGCCUGGUGUGUGGAAAGAGCUUCAGUGAGCGUCGAAUCCUUACUGGCCAUCAAAGAAUUCACACAGGGGAGAAACCAUAUGAAUGCCUGGUGUGUGGGAAAAGCUUCAGUCGGAGUUCAAACCUUACUACCCAUCAAAGGAUUCACACAGGGGAGAAACCAUAUAAAUGCCUGGAGUGUGGAAAAAGCUUCAGUGAUAGUGGAAACCUUAAUAUUCAUUGGAGGAUUCACACAGGGGAGAAACCAUAUACAUGCCUGGAGUGUGGGAAAAGCUUCAGUCGGAAUGACAGUCUUACUUCCCAUCAAAGGAUUCACACAGGAGAGAAACCAUAUAAAUGCCUGGAGUGUGGGAAAAGCUACAAAUUCAGUGGAAGCCUUACUACCCAUCACAGGAUUCAUACAGGGGAGAAACCAUAUAAAUGCCUGGUGUGUGGAAAGAGCUUCAGUGAGUGUGGAAUCCUUACUGUCCAUCAAAGAAUUCACACAGGGGAGAAACCAUAUAAAUGCCUGGAGUGUGGAAAAAGCUUCCGUGAUAGAGGAAACCUUACUUCUCACCAACGAACUCACACAGGGGAGAAGCCGUGUCAAUGUCUGGAAUGUGGGAAAAGCUUCAGUCAGAGACAGUACCUUACUAUCCAUCAACGAACUCACACAGGGGAGAAACCAUUUAAAUGUCUGCAGUGUGGAAAAAGCUUCAGUGACAAUGGAAGCUUUACUUCUCAUCGAAGGAUUCACACAGGGGAGAAACCAUAUAAAUGCCUGGAGUGUGGGAAAAGCUUCCGUAAGAGUUCACACCCUUUGGAACAAAGCUGCAACUUUUUCCAAAGGCAAUUGUCACAAAGACAGCCCAAUACCAUGCAUUUUUCAGCGUUGCAGGAAAUAAUGAACAGUUUUCCACAGGACAAUAUCAGUGCGCAAACAAGCAGUGAUGCUCCAGAUCAGCUGCAGGUCGAGCUCAUUGAGCUGCAUUGUGACAGCUAG